AUGAAGAAUCGCCACGUUGCCGACUUGUACACCGAGCUGCGCAGAACAAGUGCUCAGGUGGUCAAGUUAUCUGAUGUACAGACUGAAUUGAUGCAGGUUAUGCAAGAAAAUAAGCAGUUGACACAAGAGCUGCAGGCCUUAAAGUCCGAGAAGAGCCGAUCCCCAAGUUUUGUCAGUACUUCAACACUCAUGCCAAGCGACUCUGUUUCGCAUCACGGUGGCACGAUCUCACAAGAUAGCAGCAUCGUCUCUCCUCCUGUGCCGAAAAAGACAUAUCCAUUCAUGGUCCUCUGGAACAAAGAGGGUUGUAAGAAGGACGACGAUGUCCACAUCACGGUAGCUAAUCCUGAACGGAUUCCUAUGGAUCAGGCCAUUCAACACGAGUACGGUGACCUCAUCUCAAGCGCAGAGUGGCACGCGAUUCAGAUGACUGCAUGCGUAGUCAAGAACGAGCUUCUCUCUCUUCCACCUCCUCGAAACCGUCGGUAUCGCAACAUAAAGCGAACAAAAAAGGUAUUCAAGGCUGCAUAUCCACGCGAAUGGGAAGCAGCCAUGCUGAAGAUGAAGAAGCAACAACCGUUGCUCGCCCUUUGCUCAGACCAUUGGAAGGCAGAGUACAUCAUUGGUCCUAUGCUGCUCCAGCAGCACAAACCCGACUCCGAACUCGACAAUGAUGAUGAUGACAUUAGUCACAUCAGCACUUCCGCCACCAACACUCGUGCAUCUGAGCGCAGUGAAAUCUCUGCCUCGAUGGCCUCGCAGGUCUCUGUUGCCAACAAGAGGUGCCGUGUCCACUCCACUUCUUCAAGCAAGCCGAAGAAGAAGCCUGUCGCGAGUGUGGUAUCGCAACAUGCAGAGGGUCGAACAUCUGGCCCAGUGGCCACACCUGCAUUGGAACCGCCGCUGAGUCUAACGUCUGCCCCAGUGACCAUGCCUGUGGAACCACAGCUGAGUGCAAUCGGUAAUAUUCUCGCCCAAGUGCCUUCCGCGCCUCCCUCUGUCGUUGCCUCUGUCAUCUCUCCUUCGGUAUCUGGCCUAACGGUGAAAAGCGCCAUUGACAUCAGCUUCAUCAAUGUCGAUCCGUCAAUCGAGAAUUUGAUAGAUGCCUUGUCCAGUAGCCAUCCGGAUUUAAUAAGUGGUUUGGAGCUGCUCAAUUCCAUGAAGCUCACACCUGUAUUCGACAUCGGUUCUCUGACAUCGGAAGUCAUCACAUUCAUCGAGCGCAUCGAGAACGCUGAUCCUAACUCACCCGACCUCUCGGAAGACGAUCUUGGAAUGGCGUGGGGCCAUUACCAGUUUACAGCAGGCUCGAUGACCUCCAGCUCCACGCUUGUCUCAUGGGAUGGCAUUGGGAUUGAAAUCCUUUGGAGGCUCUGGAAAGCCGCAGGAGGACCUGUUGUGAAGGGGAAGGGCAAAGCUUUCACAUCAUCAGACUCACACACCAUGUCCACUGCUGACGCCAUCGCCAGUAUUCCUGACUCCUCUGCCGCCACUCUUACCCCCUCUGCCACCACUUUGGUCAAUGUCUCUCAGCCCUCUGCCAACAUCGGUUUGUCCAUGAACUCUGAUUCGUGCCCUUCCAAUUCGUCUGGUAGUGGAAAACCUAUGGCCAACAGCAAUUCUGACCCGCGUGCAUAUAUCACUUUGCUCAACAGAGACGAAUUGUUUGAAUGGAUCAUCGAUCGGAAGUUGGCGGUCAAUAUGAAGCUUGGAAAGAAGAGUUCCUCCAUUAAGAAAGACAAGCUCGUAUCAAUCAUUCUGUCCGCCGAAGCGACCGCCCAGCCGUCUAAGGCAGAAGUCGACGUCAUCGUGCAGCAGCGCAAGCUUAAGAAGAUGGCCACUUCAAGAGUUUGA